GCCGUUGUCGUCUUAUUACCAUUUUGACCGUCAGCAUAAAAACAAUAAUUAAAUAAUGAGCGCCAAAAUCUCCGGCUUUCGACGCUUUCUCCACUGGGGCCCAAUCACCGCACUGAGCAUCAUUAAAUGCAUAACGCUGACAACGCUUUAUAUGAACUCGAUGUGGUGGCCGCCAAAUGAAUCGUUUGCUGCCUUUGCACAUCAGGCGCUGUUCCUGCUGCUCUCCACGUUGGCCACUUACAAUUACAUCAUGGCCACGCUGACAGGUCCCGGCUUGCUGCCAAAACAAUGGCAGCCAAAGGAGUCCAAGGACAUUGAGUUGCUGCAGUACUGCAAGGAGUGCGAGGGCUACAAGGCACCACGAUCGCAUCACUGUCGCAAAUGCAAUCGUUGUGUGAAGAAAAUGGAUCAUCACUGCCCGUGGAUCAAUCAUUGCGUCGGCUGGGCCAAUCAUGCCUACUUUAGCUACUUUCUGUUCUUCUCCAUAAUUGGCAGUCUGCAUGGCUCGGUGGUGCUCAGUUGUUCCUUUUAUCGUGGCAUUUAUCGCUACUAUUAUCUCACCCACAGCCUGGCGCAUUUGGCCAGCGUUCAGUUCACAGUCAAUAGCAUUAUCAUGUGCAUCCUGGGCAUGGGUCUGGCCAUUGGCGUUGUCAUUGGUCUCAGCAUGCUGCUCUACAUACAGCUAAAGACAAUUAUCACAAAUCAGACGGGCAUUGAGAUCUGGAUUGUGGAGAAGGCCCUUUAUCGCCGCUAUAGAUCCGCAACUAAUGAGCCAUUCAUUUAUCCAUAUGAUCUCGGCUGGCGGCUCAAUUUGCGCCAGGUCUUCAAUGAGGAGUGCCAAAAACGCGGCGAUGGCAUCGAAUGGCCCGUUGUCGACGGUUGCGAUCAGUAUACGCUGACCCGCGAGCAGCUGGCACAGAAGGAUGAGAAGCGUGCAAGGACACGUGUCUACAAGUGCAUUAGCAAUGUGACGGGUCGCUGGCUGCCAAUCUUCUCGCAGGGCUGGCGCGUCUGCGUGAGUGCACCCUGCACGGAUGAGCCGAGGAUUCGGUUACAGCCAGACGACAUCAUCAGGGUGACACGCUUCCGCCGACACUGGCUCUUUGGUGAGCGUGUGCCCAGCGAACGGGAGCAGAAGCACCGACUGCGCAAGGGUGCCAUGCGUGGCUGGUUUCCACGUCGCAGUGCCGUUCCAUUAACCGAAGUGCCCGAUUCGGAGAGCAGUGAUGAUGUUAAGAACAGCAAGUCUUCAACAAACAAUGGACAUAGUCAUGGCAAGCAGCAGCGCAAUGGACACAGCAAAAAGUACAUGUAGACGCCCCAUGUAGCCCUGUGUAUUGGGCUGGGAGCAUGCCAUGGUUAUUUCAAUUCAACUAUGUAUACUAUGCGAUCAAUUCCAGAUCGGCUUGUGAAUAAUGAUAACGAUUACUCCAAUGCCGCCGGCCUUCUUCUCGUUAUAUAUUGUUAGCUGAGAGCCAAUAAAUAAAACUUGAAGCCUCCAUCGAUUGAGUAUAAUAA